GUCCCCGCACUCCCCGGCGCUCGGCCUGCGGGGCCCGCAUCCUGCAGCCGCCUUCUUCAGUUUCUGGGGUGCACUGGCGGCGAUCUCCCUGGUAGCCAAAGGAUCUGGAGCCCGGAGACUGCAGAUCUUGGGAACGGAGGAUCCAGGGAACAUGGGCACUGGCGUCCCAGCCUCGGAGCAGACCCGAUGUGCCAAAGGGGAUCCCGAAGCGUAUUGUCUUGAAGACACCGAAGAAGCCGCGCGGGGGAUGGAUUGCGAGAGACCCACCGAUGACCCACCCCCGAACGAGCCGGUGGACUCGGGGCAGCUGAUGGAUUCCUAUGAGGGUCAAGCGAAGGGUUACAGGGUUCCGCCUUUUGGCUGGCGCAUCUGCCUGGCGCACGAAUUUACCGAGAAAAGGAAACCUUUUAAUGCCAACAACGUCUCGCUCAGCUACCUGCUAAAGCACCUGGGCAUGGGCUUGAGGUACUUCCGGUGGUGGUACCGGAAGACCCAGGUGGAGAAGAAGAUGCCUUUCAUCGACCUCGUUAACAGUGUGCCCCUGAGACAGAUCUACGGUUGUCCCUUGGGUGGCAUCGGGGGAGGCACGAUCACCCGGGGCUGGAGAGGCCAGUUCUGUCGUUGGCAGCUUAAUCCUGGAGUGUACCAGCACCGAACUGUCAUUGCUGACCAAUUCACAGUGUGCCUGCGUCGGAGAGGACAGACUGUGUACCAGCAGGUCCUUUCAGUGGAGCGCCCCAGUGUCCUGCGCAGCUGGAACUGGGGUCUGUGUGGAUUCUUUGCAUUCUACCAUGCCCUCUAUCCACGAGCCUGGACUGUCUAUCAGCUUCCUGGCCAGAAUGUCACCCUCACCUGCCGCCAGAUCACCCCCAUCUUGCCUCAUGAUUACCAGGACAGCAGCUUGCCUGUUGGAGUCUUUGUGUGGGAUGUGGAAAACGAAGGCGAUGAAGCUCUGGAUGUGUCCAUCAUGUUCUCCAUGCGGAAUGGGCUUGGGGGAGCAGAUGACAGCCCCGGGGGUCUGUGGAAUGAGCCCUUCUGUCUGCAGCGUGAUGGGGAGACUGUCCAGGGGCUGCUGCUGCACCAUCCCACCCUCCCAAAUCCCUAUACCAUGGCAGUGGCUGCGCGAUGCACGGCAGAUACCACAGUGACCCACGUCACAGCCUUUGACCCUGACGGCACUGGGCAGCAGGUGUGGCAGGAUCUACUUCAUGAUGGACAGCUGGACGCCCCCACUGGCCCAAGCACCCCCUCGAAGGAAGGAGUCGGUAUUGCGGGGGCUGUUUGUGCUUCAGCCAAGCUGCCACCUCGAGGUCAGUGCCGCCUGGAGUUCUCACUGGCAUGGGACAUGCCCAAAAUCAUGUUUGGCUCCAAAGGCCAGGACUACUACAGGCGGUAUACGAGGUUCUUUGGCCCUGGUGGCGAUGCCGCUCCGGCCCUCAGCCACUAUGCCCUGUGCCACUAUGCAGCCUGGGAAGAGAAGAUCUCGGCUUGGCAGAACCCAGUACUGGAUGACAGGUCCUUGCCUGCCUGGUACAAGUCUGCAUUGUUCAAUGAACUGUACUUUCUGGCUGAUGGGGGAACGGUAUGGCUGGAAGUUUCUGAGGACUCCAUCCCCGAGCUAGGGGGCGCCAUGUGUCAGCUGCGCCCCACCCUGCUGGAGUAUGGCCGAUUUGGCUACCUCGAAGGCCAGGAAUAUCGCAUGUACAAUACAUAUGAUGUCCACUUCUAUGCAUCCUUCGCCCUCAUCAUGCUCUGGCCCAAGCUAGAGCUCAGCCUGCAGUAUGACAUGGCUCUAGCUGCUCUCGGGGAGGAUUUGACCCAGCGACAAUACCUGAUGAGUGGGGCAGUAGCCCCUGUGAAAACAAAGAACGUCAUCCCCCAUGACAUUGGAGACCCAGAUGAUGAGCCGUGGCUCCGGGUCAAUGCAUAUCUAAUCCAUGACACUGCCGACUGGAAGGACCUGAAUCUGAAGUUCGUGCUACAGAUUUACCGGGACUAUUACCUGACUGGUGACUGGGGUUUCCUGAUGGACAUGUGGCCCGUGUGUCUGGCCGUGAUGGAGUCUGAAAUGAAGUUUGACAAGGACCAAGAUGGGCUCAUUGAGAAUGGAGGCUAUGCUGAUCAGACCUAUGAUGGAUGGGUUGCCACAGGCCCCAGUGCAUACUGUGGAGGACUAUGGUUGGCAUCUGUGGCUGUGAUGGUCCAAAUGGCCACUUUGUGUGGGGCACAGGACAUCAAGAACAAAUUCUCCUCCAUCCUCAGCCGAGGCCAAGAGGCCUUUGAGAGACUGCUGUGGAAUGGUCGCUAUUACAACUAUGACUGCAGCUCUCAGCCUCAGUCAUGCAGCAUCAUGUCUGACCAGUGUGCUGGGCAGUGGUUCCUGAGGGCCUGUGGCCUAGGGGAAGGAGACAGUGAGGUAUUUCCUACCCCACACAUUGUCCGUGCUCUUCAAACCAUCUUUGAGCUCAACGUCCAGGCUUUUGCAGGCGGUGCUAUGGGUGCAGUGAAUGGCAUGCUGCCUCAGGGCACCCCAGACAAAUCCAGUGUGCAAUCAGACGAGGUCUGGGUAGGCGUGGUCUACGGUUUAGCAGCCACCAUGAUCCAGGAGGGUCUUAUUUGGGAAGGCUUCCAGACAGCAGAAGGCUGUUACCGCACCGUGUGGGAACGCCUGGGUCUGGCCUUUCAGACACCUGAAGCAUACUGCCAGCAGCAGGUGUUCCGCUCUCUGGCCUACAUGCGACCCCUGAGCAUCUGGUCAAUGCAGCUGGCCCUGCAACAGCAGCAAAACAAAGCCAAACAGGGCACAGGACUAAGCACAGAGCCGGAAUUUGGACCAAAGGAAGUUAUGGCAAACCUGAGGCCAGAGUGAGCUCGCUAAACUACGGGAAGGAAAUGCUAAUGGCCCAGCCUCUAGCCUGUCCUUCCUCCUAAGUCUCCUGCAAUCCUGAGCCACCAGGACAAUCACAGCCCUUCCUCUAUCCCUGCCAACUGCACCAGUAAAGAGAGAUGAGGGUGACCCCAGCAUCAGAUUCACUUAUUUAUUCACCCCACCCUCACCUCUUCCCCAUCGCAUGAAAUAUUCAAGGAGGACAGUUGAUUUCCCUAGGGUCAUGCACCAGGGUGAGAGACAUAUGGACAUAAAUAAAAAACCCAGAAAACAA